AUUAAAUGUAAAUUGAGUGUCGUACCACCGAAAGUUUACUAACUUAGACCUAGUUCGUUAGAACGUGACAUCUCGUUAAACACACCUGGAAAGAAGCCAGUUCAGAAAUGGAUCUUAAUGAGACAUACGACAUCGAAGCGGAGAUCGAAGCCGAACUAGCUAAGAUCCCUGAUGACGAAGUGAUCUUAAGUGACAAUGAGAAUGACGAGACAGUAGAUGUCACAAGGGUGUCCGACAUAGUGACUGAGGGCUGGUCAUCUGAGGAGGCGACUCCUGGAACUUCCCCAGAGAAGAAAACCACAGGUUCUGGAACACAGGAAACAGAACCAGUGACGUCACUCGACGAGGACGAGGAUGUGUCUGUGAUUUGGAGUAAACUGUGUGCGGGCGACGAAGUGGCCAGUCAACUGAGAGCGGACUUGGAGGACUGCAGCAAACUACUACUGGACGCUGAAAAAAAAAUCAGCUCACUGGAAGAUGCUGAGUAUUCUCUGGAAAUAUCAGAAUUGGCUAAAAAGCAAGGCAAGACGCCAGACGAGCUGAAACGAGAGAUAUUAAAAGACGUGGAAAAGUUGGAACAGGAACUAGAAAUAGAAGCUAACAAAGCCGACGAAGCAGAAGAGCUGCUGAAACAGCAACAACAAAUGAAUGAGACCUCCAACGAGCCCGAGGAACAUCUGGAACUUGUAAAGCUUCAUCAGAAUGAAAAUAAUCAGCAAUCUCAACCAACAACAUCGGACUAUUUUGAUAAAGAUAGUUUGGUACUAGUUCCAUCUAAACAAAGCAACAGGAUCAGUAUCAGUUCGUAUGGAGGAACAUCAGUAGUUCCAGGCACUCCUCUGGGUUCCCUGAUGUCUGGAUUUGGAAGUUUGAGAACUCCAACCUCCGCCUCGACUGGAAGGCCAGAUACGAUGAUGAGCACUGGUCGUAUGAGCAGUUUAGCAGUCGAAUGGGAACAGUUUUUAACUGAGGUCGAGCAAGAAAUGGAGCAGAGUACUCAGCAGCAACUAGAAGCAGUGGACUUGGAGAGAGAGGCGUUCAGAAGACUGCUGGACCUCCAUCGGAGUCAGAGGAGGGAGGACCGAGGGAGGGCAGCCAGGAUGCUCAAGUACAACAAGAGGGCUAAGGAGAUGGGGCUGGAGAGCAAAGAGAGGAGAGAGGGGGAGAGGAGGAAGUUGGAGGGGGAGAAGGCUCUGUUGGAGCAGGCCAAGAAGGAUCUGUUGACGUCAGUCGAGGAAGAAGAGAAAGAAACGCAGAAAAAAUUGUUGCAAUUGGAAACUGAGCACAAAGAGUACAUGAGACUGAAGGCAGAGGCUCUUGAUAAGGAGAGGAGUGAGUUCCUGAAGAUCCAACGGGAGUUCGAGAAGGAGACGAGAGAGAAGAGAAAUGCGGCUGCCACCAGGAUACAGAAACUCUACAGGGGAAUGAUGUCUCGCCAGAAGUACCGUCUGCUGAUCAAAUUGCGCAAGAAGAGAAUGGACGAGUGGAGGGCGAUGAGAGAGGCAGACGCCAUUGCAGAAUUGGCUCUGAAGAAGAGAGAGAAGACCAAAGUAGACGAAGAGAAACGGGCCAAAGAGGCAGCUGCGAAAGCUGAGAGGGUGAAGAAAGAGAAUGAGGAGGCGAAGCUGAAGAUCAAGCGGGAGGAGGAGGAGAGAAAGAAAGAGAGGGCGGAGAAGAGGAAGAGGAAGACGGAAGAGAGAAUCAAAGAGUUGGCAACCACACAGGAAGUCGAUCAGCUAGAAUUGGAGCAACAGGCGAUAGAAGUGAUCGAAAAGCUACGAUCAGAUGAGAAAUCGAAGGUCGAGAAGAAAGUAGACAGACUGAACGAACAGAAGAAGCAGGGAGGAGGCAAGAAGAAAAACAAAAACAGCAAAGACAUGAAGCCAAACCAAUCUGAAGAUACCGAAAAUACUACUGCGGACGAAAGUGUUCAUUCUCUCGCCACAAUAGACGAAGAACAAGAAAACAAAAACAACAAAGUUGACGGUGCCUCGAUAGACCACGAUGAAGAGAAAGAAUCCAAUGACCUCGAAUCAUCAGGUGUUGACGGGGUUACUGUUAGUUCCAAUACAGUUCCUCGUGAUGUUACUUCUCAAAGUGAAACUACUAGUAGUAGUUUAACAGAAGUUACGCUGAUGGCAAACAUUGCGAAAGAAAGUAGCGACUUUGCUCAAGCUAAUCUAGAAACAGAGAAUGACGUUACUGAGGUUCCAGAUGAUAUUGACGAGGACAACGACACGGCGGUUGAAAAUGAUCUGACUAUGGGUGAUUUAGAGGAGAAAGGAGACUCGAAGUUUGACUUCAACACAGAGAUAAACAAUCUCAUUGAGCCAGAAAAGGCUAAUGAUGAAAAUAAACAGACUAACCCAAUUGAAAGUUCAGAAACUAAUCACAAAGGAGAUGAUAAAGUCGCUCUAGAUAAUGAAAAGAAAGGCAGUUCGGGCGGCGCUCAUGGAAUGUUUGUGGUUAAUGAUGCGCCUGAAAAUUCAGAUAGCAAUGAAAGCAAUCAACAGGAAAAAAAUGAUGUAUCUAUUUCAUCUGACAGACGAAACAAAAAUAGCGAAAAUGUUGGUGCUGUCCAGCUUGUAGAUAAACAACAAGCUGAAUUUACUGGAGGCGGUAAAAUUAGUUUUGAUAUUUACGAUAACUCAACUAAGGAGAACCCUAAAGCUUUGAUUGAACCCGAAGAAUUAUCAGAAGCAAAUGAAAACUCGCAUCAGAUUUUGCCGAAAUAUCCACAAGUAGACGACACAGGGCAUACUCGAGGAGGAAGCGUGGAUUCACAUAUCGUAGACCACAAAGAUAAGGAAUUGACUAAAAAUUCGUUGCCUAGUCAAAAUUCGCAAUCGAAAAUUGAGCGAACAAAAAGUGCAACAAAACGAGUAUCGUUUGAAGAAAACGAAGUUAACGGAAUUGAAUCAUCCGAAAAAGCUGAAAACAAAACCGAUCGAAAAUCUGAGGAAGGUAAUUUAAAUAACGACUUGGCUAAACAAAGUAGUGAACCUGAAAUAGUUGCGCAAAAGAAUAAUUUCGAAAAAUCGUCGCCUAUCAAAACAUCAAGCGAGAGAAUGAAUAGGAACGAAGAGCAGUCUGAGAAAAGUCUGGACCCGGAAGAGGAGAAGCAAAUUAAGGAAGCCAAUGCACUGUGGGCUGUGUUAGAACAGAGGAGGAUCCAGUGGAUGUCAGACUGCAUCCCCUGGACUAAAAUCAAAACGGUGCAGAAACAGGCACAGAGCACUGCCAAAGCACGCAUGCCAAUGAGGAGUGCAGCCUCGAGGAAGCUGAAGACGAUUCCUCAAGAUGUUCUGCUAAAUGGAGCAAUCGGCCAUGCCACUGCGCUGAGCGACGUGCAGACGGUGGUACUGCAAGACCUGCCUGGCUACAAUCUGGAGCCAUUCAACAACUGCCCCCUGCUGCAGUACUUGGUGCUGGACUCGUGCAAUAUUCUCUCGCUAGAGGGACUGUCAAAUUGCACCAACCUCAAAUUCCUACACGCCAAGCACAACAAGUUGGAGAGCUUAUACUUGGGUGGGUUGGAUCAACUGAUUGAGCUGGACGUGUCCUCCAAUCGCAUCUCUAGUCUGGCUGGACUGGACGGGUGUUCCAAUCUUCGCAUCCUCAACCUCAUGGACAACAAAGUAUCCAGACUCGGCUCUCUCGUUGGUUUGAAGAAUCUACAGCAGCUAAACAUCUCAGCCAAUCAACUCAUCUCAACUAGAGGUCUCUCUAUGAUCUCCACUCUGACGUCACUAGAUGUAUCAGCCAAUCACAUCACAGCACUGGAGGAGGUUGAGUCUCUAGCUCUGCUGCAAACACUGAUUGCUUCUAAAAACUCAAUCCAAGAGAUGCCCCGUCUGUCCAACAAUGUGCUGCUGAGAUACCUGGACUUGGCUUCCAACUGUCUAUCAAGUGCAGCCACUCUGUCCCUCUGCUGGCUACCACUGCUCAAAUCUUUCAACAUUUCAACCAACGCUCUUGAUUCUCUGCCGAGUCUGAAGGCGACUGUGAAUCUGGAGGUGCUGGACUGUAGCUGCAACCAGAUCAACACAGUCCAGUCUGUCAUUGAAUCCCUCUCCUGUCUCAACAGUCUACGAGUGCUGAAGGCCGAGGAGAAUCCUUUCAUCAUUGAACAAGAUUUCCGAAGCAGCAUUGAAAGCGCUAUUCCAUCUAUAAUACAGCUGAAUGAUGAAGAGAUUACCAGAAAGUCUUCCAAAGUAGACCAUGGAAAACAAUCCGCAAUGUUCCGCACAGUAUGUCAGUCUCAAAUUGCAGCUUUAGAAUCGAUCGACUCGGCAAUAAAACUACUAAAAUUGGAUGGAUCUAACGAGCAACGAGGAGUCCUCGAGUACAUGGGAACCAAGCUAUCGUUACUUGAUCUACUUUUUGAGACUUCGGUCAAAUUUCGGGAGGAGCAUGAAUACGGAGAAACAAAUACCGUGCAACCUUUUCGUUCGUUUGAAUUGCUGAUCGAGGAGCAUACUGUUAGAUUAGCCGAGCGUACAGACGCCAGGGAAACAGAAAAUGUGCAGAAAGUAACGGGAUCCAACAAUGAGGUUCGGACUUGUGUGCCUCCUACGACUGAUAGACCUAAGAGUUCGGGAAGACGAAGACCUAAAACAGCAGAAAGGAAUCAAAAUAGAAAGAGCGAGGAAUUGGUUGGGGGAUCUCCGGGGACUAAACAUCUCCUUGGGGGAUCGCCCUUGGACGAGAUGAAGGUUCCGGAAGUGCCUAAAGAGACCGUGCAGUUUGUGAGGAAUGCGUGGAAGAGUGUAGUAAAGGACUCUAAUGAUGAAGCUGCUUCCAAAAUCCAGGCAGUGUGGAAGGGUUUUGCAAUGCGGAAGAAGCUGUCUUCCAUCCAAGCACAGGUGGAACAGGAGAUCAACCAGAUGCUACUUGAGGAGGACAUACAGCUGGAGGAGGAGAUAGACCUGGAACAGUUCAACUUCAUGGAUGAGGAGUUUUCAAUGGACGACUGGACAAUUGACUCUAUUCAACAGCCAAAGGUCAAAUACGAUUCUAAUUCUAAUUCAGUUUCUAACUCAAACCAUCCCAUAAAGCGCAAUACGAUAUUAACCAAUGGACCAACAUCAACAGAAAACAGUCGACAUUUAGACACAGUUUUGGAAACAGAGCGGGAAAAGGUGAAGCCCGUAGUUCCUAGCGAUCUGGAUGCUUCGGGAAAAUAUACUAGAUCCAGUGAUAGAGUUAAUAAGAAUUCAUGGGGUACUAGUAAUUUGGAAGUCGGUGCUCCUGACAAGCGUCUCGGGAACUCGUAUGGAGAUGGAUCUGUUGCAGCGAGUGAAGGAAGAAUAAGCAGGAUUGAUCUAGAGGAUGCAGGAGAGGGGGAAGUGGAAGACCCGAGUUCGAACUCAUUCUCGGCACGACAGAAUAAAAUUGCACAAGACUGGGGUUUCAAAAACAGUGCCACUGCUGAACUGAUGCUCAAACGAGCAAAGAAGAUGUCCAAGGUCAAGAAGCAUAUAGUGACCGAUUUGCCGCAGCAUUCUCGACUUGAGACGAGAGGCAGUCAAGGUCACAGUGUCAACAGUCGCAAUACACCUGGAUCAAUCAGUUGCAAGACAUCCUCGAGAGUGCCAAUUGGAUCGGACCUCUUGGCUUCUUCGAGACACUCAAACUCAACUGCAGUUCAGCCGAAGUUAUUUGAGGCUGCGGUUGAUUUGAACAGUAGCAAUAAUGUGGAUAACUAUUCGAGAAUAUUUGCAUGGGUGAAUUUGGGUCAGACGGAGAAUGAGGGCGACAAAGAUCAAGUGAUUAGCAGUAGACCUCUCAGUGGUAAUAGAGGCAGUCCCAUGUUGAGGAGUGGACCCCCCAAACCGACCGCCAACCCCAUCCACUUGACCCCAACAUCCAAUAAGAGGGGCUCAAUCACUAAUCUGCAGUCUACACGAGAGGGAAGUGACCUUGACAUUCUGUCUGUUAGUGACACGAAGUCACACAGGUCAUGGCAGCACCAACAGCAGGACACUACUAACAGACACAUAACAGAGAGACUAAGACAGGGCAGUGUGGGUUCAAAUGACUCAUCCAGACACACUGGUGGGGAGUCAAACUCUAUCUCGAGUUUCCUCAACAAAACGAAAGUGCUUCCUCCCAUAAAUGGAAAAUAUUUCGACGGGGGUGCUGAUCGGAACUGCAGUGCAGGAUGGGGAACGGGAAAAAGAAAUACUGGAAAACCCCCGAAGCCAAGCAGAACUCCCGCUGCAAAAUGAUUGCCGCUGCAAAAUCAGUUGAAAAUAGCAAUAAGUUCUAUCUGUGACAAAACUCAUGAUAAAUCACAUGUGUUCAGGGCAUGUAAGUUGUACAUAAAUUAGUUUUGUUUGUCCCAAAUGUAAAUAGUGUCUAAUUGUAAAUU